AUGUCUGAUCUCGUCGCUGCCGAGGCAAUCGACCAUCUAUAUGGCCAGCUGUCGCACUCUCUUGGCUCGUUCCAGAAGCAGCACCACGAAGCAGACCGGCUCAAAGCACUGAAGGCAGCACAGGGCCCAACCCAAGUGAUGUGUGUACGCAUUGCCAUUGACAUGGGUAUCUUUGUCACUCUUACCGAGCGCAAUCGUCCAGUGCCACUCGCCGAGCUGGCAGCACCCAGGGGAGCAAGCCCCAUCCUUGCCGAACGUGUCUUGCGUGUCUUAGCCGGCAUCGGCUACGUCUCAGAAUGCGGAGAGCGCACCUACGCCCCGACGGCCAUGACCCGACAGAUGACAGUUCGGCUGAGCAUCGUUAUGAUGAUGUUCAUCAUCUUUGAUGUUGGGAUGCCGACGCUUGCCAAGGUUCCCGAGUUUCUGCGCCGCAUUGAUUUCCACAAUCCUGAGGGCCCCACCACCGGGGCGCUGCAAUUCGUCGAACGCACGGACAAGGUGAUCUGGGAUUGGAUUCCGGGACACCCAGACUAUAUGGAAAGCUGCAACACCUUCAAGGAGGGCGAUCGAGGUUCGCGGCCUAGUUGGUUAGAGUGGUUUCCCGUGCAGGAGCGCCUGCUCGAUGGCGCCUGCACCGAAGGGGAUGGCGCCGUCCUCAUGGUGGACGUUGCCGGUGGGCGGGGUCAUGAUUUGGCAGCCUUUGCAGCUAAGUUCCCCGACGUUGAAGGACGCCUAUUGCUUGAGGAUUUGCCGCGUGUUCUGGAAGAGAGUUCAGUAGACGCGACAUGGAUUGAAAAACUUCCCUUCGACCUGUUUAAACCUCAGCCACUCCAUGCGGCCCGUGUCUACUAUAUGAAGUUCAUACUCCACGAUUGGUCCGACGAGGACAACCAGCGCAUUCUCCAGCAGCUGGCGGGCGCGAUGCAGAAAGGUUAUUCCAAGCUGAUCAUAGAGGAGUUUGUCCUGGCGGACCGCGACUGCGCCAUGCUGCAGGCCAUGUGGGACUGGGAGAUGCUGGUUUUCUGCAACAGCAUGGAGCGGUCGCAGGCGCAGUGGACACGUCUGUUGGAGUCUGCCGGUUUCCGGGUGAUGAAGUUCUGGUCACCUCCCGGUGAUGGACAGGGCAUUAUCGAGGCGGAGGUCAAGGAAUGA